CUUGAUCUCCCUGUCUCAUCGCAGCAACAGAUUAUACUAUAUAUUUACAUUAAGCACUGUAGCCAAAAUGAUGCAGUAUGCCACGCAAAAACCAAACACUUCGGACGAGGACCAAAUCCAAGAAAAUAUAAAUGUCUACAAUUACAAAGAAGCAACCACAAAAAUAUCCACCAAAAUAAGUCAUACCAGUUAUGAAAACUCUGGAGUCGACGGGUGGAAGCAGCGCAAAUGGACGCUGGUAAUCAUGGGAGGACUGGUCCUCUUGGUCGUCAUAUUUGCUGCUCUUUUUGCCUGGGCAUAUGCCUCAAGAGGACAGACGUCCAGCACCGUCACUCAGCCACAGCCGCAAAUCGGCGCAAAUUUGUCAUCGUACUAUAUAUCUCCUGCCGAUAUGGUAUCCAUAGGCUACAACAAUACAUGGCAUACCCUCAACUCCAAUACAUGUAUACCACUUUACAACAACAGUUGGCAGCUAUCGGUAUCAUAUAUCAACAAGAUUGCACUGGCCAAAUUUUAUACCGUUCAAGGAUGUCCCAACGAAACACUUUUGGGCGACUAUGUGGUGAACACCGCUGUAAACGAUUUUUCCAAUGUCAUCAAUGUCAUCAAGGGCAGUCUCAACUACGUAUGGAUAUGUGACUCUCCUACUAACUGCUGAGUCCGGUCACCCAUCGACGUAGUCCUGUACACUUAUCCAUACUAAAGCAAACCCCCUCACCUAGCAUGGCCCUAGAGUGGUUAUCGCGUAGAUGUAUGUAUUGUAUUUGUAUAACCCUCCGGCGGUACCGCUGUUAGAGAGUCCUUUUUAAAGCUUCUGCGAAAUUUAAACAUGACAAAUAAAUGUGCGGAUUUACAUUAUGAGCUACGCAAGAG